AAAGAGUCAGCCGGGAAGGAGCUCCUCCGCGGCCUGUCUGCAGUUCUCAGCUUUUCCCCGCAAGCCUCCGGGGCUGCAGAGGCGGGGAAGCCGCCUCGUGAUCGCCGUUGUGCAACAACGCCGCGCUUGCAACAGAUGCGGGCAGACGCAGCCGGGUGCAGAAGCGGCUGGACGGAGGGAUCGCGGGAGAAGCUUAGAUCGUGCUGAGGACCGCAAACUGGAGUGUGAAGGAGUGAAAGCAUCACAGAAAAACCACAUUCUUAACAGAUUCCUAUGGUUGCCCAGAAGACAGACAAAAUGAUGGCUUUUUGUCGCCUUGCUGUCCCGUUGCUGUUGGCUGGGCUCUGCUGGGGAUGGGACUUCCCCUUCAGGGAUCCCACAUUGUCUUGGGAGGAGCGAGUGGAUGAUUUGGUUAACAGGCUGACCCCGGAAGAGAUGAUCCUGCAGAUGGCGAGAGGCGGAGCUCUGAAAAAUGGACCGGCCCCACCUAUUGCCCGCUUGGGCAUUGCGCCCUACAACUGGAACACCGAAUGUCUUCGUGGGGAUGCAGAGGCACCAGGCUGGGCAACAUCUUUUCCUCAAGCGCUUGGCUUGGCUGCCUCUUUCAGCCCUCAACUCAUCUUCGAAGUGGCCAAUGCUACAGCCACUGAGGUCCGUGCCAAGCACAACUAUUUUGACUCCGUAGGCUACUACAACGACCAUACCGGCUUAAGCUGUUUCAGCCCAGUCUUGAACAUCAUGCGGCACCCACUCUGGGGCAGGAACCAGGAGACUUAUGGAGAGGACCCAUUCUUGACCACCCAGCUGGGAGUUGCAUUUGUGAAGGGACUUCAGGGUGACCAUCCCCGUUACGUCAAAGCUAAUGCUGGCUGCAAGCAUUUUGAUGUCCAUGGGGGUCCUGAGAAUAUCCCUGUAUCCCGGUUUUUAUUUGAUGCCAAGGUGGAGGAACGUGAUUGGCGCAUGACUUUCCUGCCUCAGUUUGAAGCCUGCGUACGGGCUGGGACAUUCAGCUUCAUGUGCAGCUAUAACAGAAUUAAUGGCGUCCCAGCCUGUGCUAACAAGAAGCUGCUGACAGACAUCCUGCGUGAUGAAUGGGGCUUCCAGGGUUAUGUAGUGAGCGAUGAAGGUGCUGUGGAGCUGAUCAUGGCUGGGCACCGCUACACGCACAGUUUCCUGGAGACUGCCAUUGUGGCUGUGAAUGCCGGAUGUAAUCUAGAGCUUUCUUUUGGGAUGAAGGACAAUGUUUACAUGUACAUAGCCGAAGCCCUUAGCAAGGGCAACAUUUCUGUGGAAACAAUCCGGGAUCGUGUCCGUCCCCUUUUCCUCACUCGUCUACGCCUGGGAGAAUUUGACCCACCAGCCAUGAACCCCUAUAAUGCCCUGGGGGUUGAGGUUGUACAGUCAGAAGCCCACCGCAGUCUGGCCCUCCAAGCUGCCCUCCAGAGCUUUGUUUUGCUGAAAAACCGGAACGAAAUGCUGCCUUUUAAGGAGGAAUAUCUGUUGCGCAAGACCAUUGCGGUGGUCGGACCCUUUGCAGACAAAGCUGAUCUCCUCUUUGGGGACUAUGCACCAAUCCCUGAACCCAAAUACAUUUAUACACCCAGGAGGGGCUUAGCAACUAUCUCAGCCAAUGUCACCUGUGCCCUUGGAUGUGAGGAUCCGAAAUGUCUCGUGUAUUAUCCCAAAGAGGUGAAAGCUGCAGUGGAAGGAGCAGACGUUGUGGUUGUGUGCCUUGGGACAGGAAUUGAUUUGGAGUCCGAAUUCAAGGACCGCAAGAACUUGUCUUUGCCCAGACAUCAACUGGAUCUUCUACAGUCAUCUGUGGCCUGGGCCGCCGGCCGUCCUUUGAUCCUGCUCCUGUUCAACGCCGGCCCUUUGGAUAUCAGCUGGGCCAAGGAACAGGAUGGCGUGGGGGCAAUCGUGGCUUGCUUCUUUCCUGCUGAGACCACAGGACUGGCUCUGGCCAAGAUGUUGGUGGGUGCUAAAGGGGCAAAUCCUGCCGGUAGGCUGCCAGCUACAUGGCCAGCAGGAAUGGACCAGGUACCCCCAAUGGAGAACUACACAAUGAUUGGCAGGACGUAUCGCUACUAUGGGCAAGAGGCCCCGAUGUACCCCUUUGGCUACGGACUCUCGUAUACCACCUUCCAGUACAGGGAUCUGGUAGUGAGUGCUGACCAAGUGCCCGUUUGUGGUAAUCUUAGCAUCUCUGUGGUGGUGGAGAACGUUGGAUCCAGAGAUGGUGAAGAGGUGGUGCAGCUCUACCUCCGCUGGGGACAAGCAUCUGUGCCUAUGCCCCGCUGGCAGCUGGUUGGCUUCCGCCGGUUGCCGAUACCCCAGGGACAAGCUGCCAAAGUGGCAUUCCUGUUACCUUUCAGCCAGAGAGCCGUAUGGGCUGGACAGUGGUGGUUGGAGCCUGGCACUUUCACCAUCUUCGUUGGUGGCCAGCAACCCUUUCAAGAAGUACGCCUUCCUUCAAAUGUCCUCCAGACCGAUUUUCAUGUCUUUGGGGAGUCCCGUAGUGCAAGCCAAUGCUAGUCUCCCAAACAGGCCAGGAUUGCUCAGGAAAAUUGACCCGGUGGCUUGCUGAACCAGAGUUUAUCAAAAAGGAAGCUUUGCACUGAGUAAAAGCUUGUAAUACCCUGUUUCCCUGAAAAUAAGACCUUCCCGGAUAAUAAGCCCAAUCAAGCUUUUGAGCACAUGCGCUAAAAUAAGCCCCCCCCGAAAAUAAGCCCCCCCUGAAAUUAUUUAAACGCAUGCGCAGCUGAUCCCCGCCAUUUCCUCUGGUUAGGGUUAGGGAGACAACAAGAGGAGCCCCCCUUGCUCCACGCACCCCAAAAUAAUAAGACAUCCCCGAAAAUAAGGCCAAGCACUUAUUUCACGGUUCAAAAAAAUAUAAGACCCGGUCUUAUUUUCAGGGAAACAUGUUAGAAACAGCCAAUGUGAUGUUUCUGAGAAGGUAUGACUAUUCAUCUGAGAAUGUAGCAGUUGUGUUUUUGUUGGCUCCUGUUCUGCCCCAGCUGUGGACCCCAAAGAACGCAGCACAAAGUCUGUUCAAACCUUACUUUACUAAAUAAACCAGUUUUUUACAACAA